CACUGAGCAUAAAAUGCUGGGAAUGUAACACGCGUAUCAACGGCGGCUGCGGUGAUCCCUUCGUGCCGGGUGACUUUGCUCAGGCUGACUGCUCUCAAAAACACCUGCCCAGAUUUCCUGACAAGAAUGGCCACUUCUGUCGCAAGACGACGCAAAAGAUUAACAACGUGGUACGCGUCAUUCGCACCUGUGGCUACAUCAACGAAACCAUGGACCAGGUGCCGGAGGGCGCCGUCCUGCCUAAGACGUGCGAAAAGCAGUCAGGCGCUGUGGUCAUCGAGACCUGCGUCUGCAACAGUGGCGACG